CUCCUCUCUUCCUCCCAUUAUUCCCGGGCUUCCUCCCGUGUACACCGCCACCGCCCCACCCUGGCCUCUGCCGCGCCGCCGCUCGAAAUCGCUACGCGCACCCGAGGAGGCGGGGAAAACCUAGCUUGCCCCGCCGGGCCAUGGGCAAGUACAUGCGCAAGGCCAAGGUCUCCGGCGAGGUAGCCGUCAUGGAGGCGCCGCUCGGGGUCCGCACCCGGGCGCGCUCGCUCGCGUUGCAGCGGCUGCAGAAGCAGCAGCCGCAGGGGGAGGAGGAGAAGGAGGGCGCCGGGGGGGAGUACCUGGAGCUCAGGAGCCGGAGGCUAGAGAAGCUGCCGCCGGCCGUGAGGAGGUGCGGCGGGAGGAAGGCGGCCACGGUGGCGGCCGCGCAGGAGGAGACGGAGGCGUCCUUCGGGGAGAACGUGCUCGAGUCGGAGGCCAUGGAGAGGAGUACCAGGGAGACAACGCCUUUCAGCUUGAUUAGGGACUCCGAAAUGAUAAGCACCCCUGGAUCCACUACAAGACCCAGCCACUCGAAUUCCCAUCGUAGGGUGCAAGCUCCGGUGCGCCACAUCAUCCCAAUUUCAGCGCAGAUGGAUGAGUACUUCGCUGCCGAAGAGCGACGCCAGCAACAGGCUUUCAUUGACAAGUACAACUUUGAUCCUGUGAACGACUGCCCUCUCCCCGGCCGUUACAAGUGGGUGAAGCUAGACCGAUAAAUUUUCAGAACAAGAGAGCACCAUGGACCUGUCCGCUCCCUCCACCGCAGUGCCGUGGCAGAGGCGCAAUACCGUCGCGUUAGCUUUGUUCCUGUUGUAAAAACUUAGGGUUAGCCUGUAGCCUCAAUGGUCCUGUGUAAAAUACAGAACUGAUGCUGAGUUACACCCUGAUCUGAUCCCUCAAUCCCUCAACUCCAAUGUAAUGUAACCCUUAACAGCUCAUUCUGUAAGGAACCACCUCUAGGGGUGGGGGGGGGGGGUCCUAGCUUUAUCACCUGUUACCAGUAGUUGCUGAUUAAUGAAGUAGAACUAGAUGAUAAUGUAUCACAGUUGUAUUAGCUAUGUUCAAUUGCUCCUGCAUUCUCUCAGUUGCUGCAAUGCUCAUGAGAGUUUGGAUCCUUCC